CUUCGCUCGUGGUUCAUCCACGACCACCCCGGUUGAACUUUUGCGGCCGGCUUCCUGAAUGCCUCCGAGCCACGACAGUUCUGCCUAUAACCCAUUGGGACAAGCGGUAUUUGUGUUUCCAGGCAGUUACCAAGGACCUAUAUAUCAAGGGACCUCACGUUCGGCCUCCCAUUGAUCUGUCCAUCUGUGAUUCGACUACAUCUUGCGAACAACCAUAUUGUUAUUAAGGCCCUUCGAUACCCUCAUCCCUCUUCCAUUCGAACCUUCUUCUUGUACUUCUCCAGAUCAACCCACGACCUGGUCAUUUUCUUGUCGUUACUUCAUUUGGCCCAUUCAAUUCCCCUCCACUACAAAGUCGUCACCAUGCAGCGGAGUCAAAGUUAUUCCUACCCACAAACAAUGGUGGGACAUUCCAGAUAUGCCUCGACACACGCUACCAGCUCUGCAUUCAGUGCAUCUGCAAACCCCAAUGAAGACUGGACCAAGAUUUCCGACCUCGCGGAGAGAAGACGGAUCCAGAAUCGGAUCGCCCAGCGAAAUUAUCGAAAGAAGCUCAAGAGAAGACUUGAAGAUCUAGAGCGUCGUGCCGGCUCUUCAUCCGCUUCUCCAGAACAGUCACAUUCAGAACUCGCGACGACGAGUCCGCCAAAGGACUCCAAGCAGUCACAAACCAUGGCUCGUCAAACGUCAAGGUCAAGCACUUCACACGAGACCCAGAGAGCGUCCCCUGAGAUCGUGGCAUUGGACGACCAUUCUACCCUUUUCGACACUCCUGCCUCUCGCCAUCUCUCUGUCACCUCUCCCCCAGCAUUCACCUUCUCCACCUACCCUCCCACAACUGCCUAUCUCCAGUACGAGCAGCAACAGCAACAACCAAUGUACGACACUCCAUCCAAUUACUACUCAAAUUACCAGUACAACCUGGAUGUGUCAUCCUCAACCUUACCUCCAACACUGCCGGCCAUGCUGCCCUCAUCCUACGCCAAGCAAGAACAGCUUUUCGGCGAUGACGAUUUUCUAAGUCCCUUUAGCAUGAACUAUGCUUCUCUAGCGGGUCUAGAGAUGCCCUCGCACCAAGCGUUUACGGGGGCCACUUCUCAUGUAAAUCCCACCAGUUUCUUCUCUCGUUCAUAUUCAAGCCCGCACUUUUGAGCCUCAGCAAGAAAGAGCACCUGGCACCCUCCUAGAUUUCGACUUGCACUUUGCAGCUCAAAUGCUGACAUCCUUUCGGCAGACACCGCCGCUCACAGAUCCCUACUCUAUCGACUCAACGCAUAAUUCACCCAACUACUUUGAUGUUCCGUUGACUCCGAUAUCAAGGACGGCAAGCCCCAAUUUUCACUUAUUCGACAUCAGUUGCAUAUGAGAGCCUUAUUCUCGAUCACCACCCUUGUGUUCGAUUUCACAGAAGACUUCCCAAGCCGCCACGCAUGCGUCUCUUGGAACAGGGAUGGAUGAAUGGCUACCUCUACGAACUGUUAUGAUGGGCAAGCUCUAAGGGCCAGAGCUGGACGGGAGCACUUAGAUGGCCGAACGGGCUCUUCAUUGAGCGGUCAAAUGCGCUCGCAGCGCCGUGGAAUGGCGUGCAGUCAAUGCUAGUUUACGGUGGUAAUACCCAGGGUAGCGUUGAAAAAUUGGCGGACAGCGUUGCUUGAUUUGAUUUUAUGUUGUUACGAAGUUCAUAGCGAAAGGUUCACGAGACUGGCAAUUGAAUAGCAGACCAGUCACAUCUCAGAGUAUUGAAUGUACGCAUUCUACACCACUCCAAAA